GGGAAUUCCUGAUGCUGCAGCCGGGUCAACGCUGCUCGUCAGAUCCUGCGGUUGGAUUGUGCAUCCCUGAAGCUGAGCUGCCAUAGUGCCCUAUGCAUUAUCAAGAGCAAGAAAUGAUGAAUAAAACUCUGGAGUUAGUGUCAUUUGAGGAUGUGGCUGUGGACUUCACCUGUGAGGAGUGGCGGGACCUGAAUGAUGCUCAGAGGACUUUGUACAGGGAUGUCAUGCUGGAGAUCUAUAGCAGCCUGGUGUCACUGGGGUACUGCAUUAGUAAACCUGAUGUUAUCCUCAAGUUGGAGAAAGGAACAGAGCCAUGCAUGAUAGAAGAACACCCAAACCAGAGCCUCCCAGAUGUCCAGAUAGUCAGUCACCUAGCUGAGAGCAGCCAAGAAAGUCAUGGUAGAUACUUCCGGGAAGGUGUAAUCAUCAGCAGAAACCGAUCAACUGAGGAGAGAGUUGAUUUAGUAAAAUCAUUAAAUUUGAGUUCAGAGCAUAUUUUAAAUCUGGUGAUAAAUGAUGGAAGAUAUUCAGGAGUGGAGCAUGAGGAAUUUAAUGUACAUCAGAAUGAACUUCGAGAGACUGAUGACCUAUAUGCGGGAGAGAAAUCUGAUGUCCAUAAUAUAACUGGGAAAUCACAGAGACAGCACAAGCAUCUUAGUCAGCAUCCCAAGAUUCAAACUGGGCCACCUUCUGAAUACAGUGGAAAAAAAUCCUCGAACUCAGUGCCAACAAUGUUUAAAUAUAAGAAGAUUCAUAUGGGUGUGAUCACCUGUAAAUGUAAUGAAUAUGGGAAAGCCUGUGAUAAAUCAACUGUCAUAACCCAAGAGAUAACACAGGUAGGAAAGAAAACUUUUCAAUGUCAUGUAUGUGGGAAAAUGUUCUAUAAAAAGGCUAAACUUUCUCAACAUCAGAUUAUACACACAGGAGAGAAAUAUAAAUGCAGUGAAUGUCAGAAAUCUUUUAUCAAGAAAUCAGAUCUUACCUUAUAUCAGGAAACAUGUACAGAGAAGAAGCUUUACCCACGUAAAGGACAGGAGAAAUUUUUGCAUCAGAAGUCAGACCUUACUAUGAAUCACAGAAUUGAAACAGAGGAAAGGUCCUAUGGAUUUACUAAGUAUAGCAAGAACUUUCAUGAGAAUUCACUUCUCAACUAUCAUCAGACAAUUCACACAAGUGAGAAAUCAUCUGAAUGUAAUGAAUGUAGGAAAACUUUCUACCAUAAUUCUGCCCUUACCCUAUAUCAGAAACUUCACAUAAGUGAGAAUCCAUAUGAAUGUGAAGAAAGUCAAGUUUUCUAUAGUAAGUCAAGACUUCACAAACAGAGAAUUCACACAGGUGAGAAACCAUAUGAAUGUAAAGAAUGUGGAAAAGGUUUUAAGCAGAAUUCAAUCCUCAGCAGACAUCAGAGAAUUCACACAGGUGAGAAACCAUUUGAAUGUAAUGAAUGUGGAAAAGCUUUUAACCAAAAGUCAAUCUUCAGUAGGCAUCAGAGAAUUCACACUGGUGAGAAACCAUAUGAAUGUAAAGAAUGUGGAAAAGCUUUUAACCAAAAGUCAAUCCUCAGCAUGCAUCAGAGAAUUCACACAGGUGAGAAACCGUAUGCAUGUAAAGAAUGUGGAAAAGCUUUUAAACAAAAGUCGAUGCUCAGCUUGCAUCACAGAAAUCACACAGGUGAGAAACCAUAUGAAUGUAAGGAAUGUGGAAAAGCUUUUCACCAAAAGUCAAUCCUCAGCAUGCAUCAGAGAAUUCACACAGGUGAGAAACCAUACGCAUGUAAAGAAUGUGGAAAAGCUUUUAAGCAAAAGUCGAUGCUGAGCUUGCAUCACAUACAUCACACAGGUGAGAAACCAUAUGAAUGUAAAGAAUGUGGAAAAGGUUUUAACCAAAAGUCCAAUCUCAGCAUGCAUCAGAGAAUUCACACAGGUGAGAAACCAUAUGAAUGUAAAGAAUGUGGGAAAGCUUUUAAACAAAAGUCACACCUCAGCCGGCAUCAGAGAAUUCACACAGGUGAGAGACCAUAUAAAAAUAAAGAACAUGGAAAAGCUUUUAAACAAAAGUCAAUGCUCAGCUUGCAUCAGAGCAAUCACGCAGGUGAGAAACCAUAUGAGUGUACAGAAUGUGGAAAAGGUUUUAACCAUAAGUUGAUCCUCAGCAUGCAUCAGAGAAUUCAUACCGGUGAGAAACCAUAUGAAUGUAAAGAAUGUGGAAAAGCUUUUAAACAGAAGUCAAUGCUUAGCUUGCAUCAGAGAAAUCACACAGGUGAGAAACCAUAUGAAUGUAAAGAAUGUGGAAAAGCUUUUAACCAAAAGUCAGUCUUCAAUAGGCAUCAGAGAAUUCACACAGGUGAGAAACCAUAUGAAUGUAAAGAAUGUCAGAAAGGUUUUAACCAAAAGUCCAACCUCAGCAUGCAUCAGAGAAUUCACACAGGUGAGAAACCAUAUGUAUGUAAAGAAUGCGGGAAAGCUUUUAAACAAAAGUCACACCUCAGCAGGCAUCAGAGAAUUCACACAGGUGUGACACCAUUUGCAUGUAAGGAAUGUGGGAAAGGUUUUAUCCAAAAGUCAGACUUCAGCAUGCAUCAAAGAAUGCAACCAUGUGAGAAGGCCUAUGAAUGUAACAGAUGUCAAAAAACUUUUAACAAGUCAUACUUCAUGUUGCAUCAGAGUACUCACACAGGGAAAAUUCCUUAUGAAUGUAAUGAAUGCGGAAAAGCUUUUAAACAAAAGUCCCAUCUCAGCAGGCAUCAGAGAAUUCAUACAGGUGAGCAACCAUAUGAAUGUAAAGAAUGUGGAAAACCAUUUAAACAAAGGUCACACCUCAGCAUGCAUCACAGAAUUCACACAGGUGAGAAAACUUAUGAGUGUAAAGAAUGUGGAAAAGCUUUUAAACGGAAGUCACACCUUAGCACACAUCAGAGAAUUCACACAGGUGAGAAACCAUAUGAAUGCAAAAAAUGUGGGAAAGCUUUUAACCAAAUGUCGAUCCUCAGCAUGCAUCAGAGAAUUCACACAGGUGAGAAACCGUAUGAAUGUAAAGAAUGUGGGAAAGCUUUUAACCGAAAACCGUACCUCAACAGGCAUCAGAGAAUUCACAAAGGUGAGACCCCACAUGAAUGUAGGGAAUGUUGAAAAGCUUUUAACCAAAAAACAGCCUUCAGCAUGCAUCAGAGAACUCACCCAGGUGAAAAGUCCUGCAAAUGUCAUGGAUGUAAAAAAAUGUUCACUCAUAGGUCAUACUUCAGGAUGCAUCAGAGUACUCACAUGCAAAAACCAUUAUGAGUGUAAAGAAUGUGGAAAACUUUUUGUGUGUGUGGCUGGCUGGUUCAGGGAUCUGUAUCCAUGACCUUGGUUGCUACAAGGCUGUGCUCUAACCAGCUGAACUAACUGGCCAGCCAGGAAUGUGGAAAAAAUUUAACUGAAAAUCAGCCCUCAGCAGGCAUCAGAGAAUUCACAUGAGUGAGAAACAAUAUGAAUGUAAAGAAUGUGGAAAGGGUUUCAACAGAAAGUCAGCCUUCAGCAUGCAUCAGAGAACUCACACAAGUGAGAAGCCCUCCAAAUGUAAUGAAUGUGGAAAAACCUUUAACAAGUCAUACUUUUGGAUGUAUCAGAGUACUCCCACAGGAGAAAAAAAAACCUGAAUGUAAACAACAUGGAAAAGCUUUUAAUUGAAAGUUGACCCUCAGUAAACAUGAGAGAAUUCACAGGUUACAAACCAUCUGAUUGUAAAGAAUUUGGAAAAGCUUUUAACCAAAAUUCAUCCUUCAACAUGCAUCAGAGAAUUCACACAGGUGAGAAGCUGUGCAAAGAUAAUGAAUGUGGAAAAAUCUUUAACAGCAAAUCAUCCUUCAGAAUGCAUCAGAGUACUCAUGGGAAAAAAAAAACUUAUUAAUGUAAAGAAUAUGGAAAAGAUUUUAACCAAAAACCAAACCUCAGCAGGCAUCAGGGAAUUCACACAGGUGUGAAACCAUAUGAAUGCAAAGAAUGUGUAAAAGAUUUUAAAAACCAGUCACAGUUUAGAAGACAUCAGGAUACUCACAUGUGGGAAAAAUAUGAAUGUAAUGAACAUGACAAGCUUUUUACAGGAACUGCACCUAAUAAACAUAAAAGGAUUCACACGGGAAAAUCACAGUGAAUGUAAUGGGUACAGGAAAAUAUUUUGCCAGGAGUCACACUUCAGGAUACAUCAAAGAACUUACAUCAAGAAGAUGUAUUAAUGUAUAAUUAUUCUUUGGUAUUGGUGAUUGUUUUGAAGAUCUAUUUAUAUAAAAACUUGCUGGUGCUGAAGUUUCUUCUAUAAAUGGUGUGGUGUUUCUGUAUUACCAAUUGACCUCCUGCCAUGUGCUUUGCGUAUUGUAUAGAUUCCUUUUAAUA